CUUCGCGAAGUAAAGAAGGACGCGAGCAAUACGACGACAAAACGAUUCAAGUUGAGCUUCAAACAUUCUCAUAUCGUUCACUUUUUCUUUCUUUUUCUUGAUAAAGUUACAAAUCGACUAUACAAAGAGAAGGAGAACAGAGUGAAUAAAACGCAACUUUAUUGAGCAAUUGGCCGAGGACAAGAGAAAGCAAGAUAAAACUAACAUCUUGGCUCUGGUGAAAGGUUAGUAAGAAAAUGGAAGUUAUCACUGAUACAAUCUCGGUAACGGCACUCCGUCGACAACUCAGAGUGGUACAAUACGAUUCACCUGCUUUCAGAGAACAGCCUCGCUUCGAAUCGAAGAAAAGACGAGAAAUGUGCGACCAAUACAAUGGCGAAUCUCAGCUGAGCAAUUUGGCAUCGGACACUGGAGGCCAAACUUCUGCAAGAUUUCGAUUGAAUGAGAUCGUGAACGCUUGCUAUGCUCAGCUAUGGCGUGCUGAAUGCAGUCGAAGAAAUUUCUGUAACGAUGAGCCUGGAAUCGAGCAUGAUGAUGUAAUGAAGAAUGCUUUCAACGUUUGCUUGGGUAAGGAUUUGGACAAGGUGCUAAAACUUAGAUUAAAAAGUCGAGCCAAAUUCCGAAAUCGUCCGAGCGACGACGACGCGCAAAAAUGGUUAGAAACGCCGGAGAAAUUCAUCGAGACACUCACAACAAUAAGACACAACACUAAAGACAGGGAAAAUGCGGGAUUAAUAUCAAAAGAAAGUCACGAAGUCAUAGCGCUUAAAAACGAACGAAGCACAACGGGUAGUCAACACAGCGUACGUUUUUCUGAGCAUGCGUUGCUUUGCUCAGCUUUGCAGGAAGGUGAUGCAGUUGAAGUAGAAAAUAUCAUAAAGCAACACGGAAUUGAGCUGAACGCUCUUUCUGAAGCCACAGGAUACAGCUAUCUUCACAAGACUAUUCUCAACAAUCAAAUGGAAUGCGCCAAAGUUCUGGUGCGCAACAGGAUGGAUGUAGACGCCAAAGACUGCGAAGGACUCGCACCGUUAGACCUGGCUUUUCGCAUGAUGAAUUUCUCGAUGGUUACCCUCCUUGUCGAUUCUGGAGCGAAUAUUUCCGAAUACACAGAAAGAAGGAUCGAGAACAUGAAACGAAUUGAGGAACUGUCUUCUUCCGUCAUGAAGGUUUUUGAAAUGGACGUUUAAAACACGAAUUUGCGAUAUUUGCUUUGAAACGGUUGAAUGCAACUUGUCACAGCUGCCUUUGAUGAUAGAAAGCAUCCUGAUGCAUUCUCAUAACUCGUAGAAAUUACACCUAGAGUUUGACUUUAUUAGGUAAAGUGAGAAAAUUACAAUGGAAUUUUUGCAAUGGAACUGUGAUCAUAAUACAGUUACCAUUUUUAUUUAUCAGUUAUAUUAUCGUAUCAUUGUCCCCAGGAACCUUAAGGGAUACUAUUUUAUGUUUGAAACGUUGCUUUACGAUUGAUCUUUUUCAUCCACGUGCUGGCCGUGAUGAACUAUCACCAACGAAGGCCAAGAUUGUACAUAACACAGAAUCUUAAACACUGAUCUUAACCUGCUAAAUACGUUGAAACUGCGCAUGUACACCACACACGAAGGUGUCGUUACUACAAACCAGAACUACGUUCUGUUACGAAGAACUACAGCUACCUACAGCAUAUUUUAGCAGAUUUUUUAACCGUAAUGAUGUUCACAUAUGUCCAAAUGAUUCAAAAGUGUAUAUUUUGAACACAUGUAGUUUUAAUCGUUCAUACUUCUACUUUUCAUGUAAUAAAUUUAAUACCUGUUUUUUGCUAA